AUUGUGUUGUGUUUUAUCUUUAGUAACGAAAGACACUGAUUUUGCCACCUGUUACUGACAGAUUUGAAAGUAAACUGAAUUACUCAAAGAUUGUGGCGCUCACAAGAUAAUGACAUUAGAGUAAAUAUAUGUACUUAGAUAGCAGAGAAGAUGGAUAUGGGAAAUACUUCUGAACCGCGUUCCAUUCUUUCUGGGAUCAAAAGUGCAGAAGACUCUAUAAAGUAUGGUUUUUACAGAAUAGAAGCUCUGGAAAGGAACCUCAGAAGCAGGCAUCUUUCAUCUGAUGAAAGGCAGCGUAUUGAAGGAGAGCUUGAAGAAGUGAAAGAAGAACUAAAAAGGAAUCAGCAUGAAUUAAAGCAUCUUCAGAAAGAAAAUACCAAAUCAUUUGCUAUGGCUGCAAUUUUAAUGUUCCUUUGUUUCUUAGUAUUUGGUGUAUACAAAAUAUUACAGAAUAAGCAAUAGAUAACACACCAUUGUUCAAGAAUAGAAUUUUCAGUUUUAA